AUGAACACCGGCUCAAUGAUACUGACGAUGAAAGGAACUGUUCCACCGAACUUUGUGAAGUUUGGGCUAUUACGAGUACCACCACGUCCGUACUACCCUUCUCCUAUGCUCUGCUAUAAAUGUUUCUCAUACGGUCAUACGAAAACGCGCUGCACAGGUGAGGAAAAGUGCAAAAAUUGCUCUGAAACACACGAGAACACAGAAACAUGUGGGAAACCUGCUUACUGUGGUAAUUGUAAACUUAACCACCAACCGAUAAGUCGCGAGUGCCCGGUGUAUUGUGUUGAGAAAGAAAUAAUCAAAAUUAAAAUCGAUGAAGGGUUAUCAUAUAACGAAGCCAAAGACGCACACAAGUCAAGAGUAACAACAUCCAAAGGUACGUUCUCCAAUACUGUACAACAGAGGCUAAUCAACCCGCAGAUUGAAGAACUCACUAAGCUUGCUAAACAACGUGAGGACGAGCGCAAAAAAAUUCUCGAAGAAAACGAGGAUAUGCGAAAGCAGAUAUCAAAGCUACAACAAGCACUGAAACAAACCAUGGAAAAACAGAAAAAACUAAGCGAACAACUCAGACAACAAAUUAGCGAAGAAAAACAUACACAAAAAAUCGAAAUACCUGGCAGCUCCAUCCAAAAAUUAAAUACAACGAGUACCCUCGCAGGUGACAAAAGAGGAACAAACUCGAAUUUUAACCAGACAGCAGUCCCGGAACGAUAG